CGCGGCGUCGCGCUCGUUGACGUCAGGGCCGCCGCGUCGCGUCGCGCUCCGGUGACGCGGCUCUCGGGCCCGUUGUCUGGGCGUCUGAGAGUGGGGGCCCGGUGCCGGCCGGGCUUCCUUGAGUGCGGGGCUCGCAGGGGCGGCGGCGGAGCUUGGACAUGGCGCUGAGGGGCCGUUCCAGGGGAAGAUGAAUAAAGGCUGGUUGGAGCUGGAGAGCGACCCAGGCCUUUUUACCCUGUUGGUAGAAGAUUUUGGUGUUAAAGGGGUACAAGUUGAGGAGAUCUAUGAUCUUCAGAGCAAAUGCCAGGGUCCAGUGUAUGGCUUCAUCUUCCUCUUCAAAUGGAUCGAAGAACGUCGGUCUCGACGCAAGGUCUCCACCCUGGUGGACGAGACUUCUGUGAUCGAUGAUGACAUUGUGAAUAACAUGUUUUUCGCCCAUCAGCUGAUUCCCAACUCCUGUGCCACUCAUGCCUUACUGAGUGUCCUUCUGAACUGUAGCAAUGUGGACCUGGGCCCAACGCUGAGCCGCAUGAAGGAUUUCACCACGGGCUUCAGCCCAGAGAGCAAGGGAUAUGCCAUUGGGAAUGCUCCAGAGUUGGCCAAAGCACAUAAUAGCCAUGCCAGGCCUGAGCCACGACACCUGCCAGAGAAGCAGAAUGGGAUCAGCGCUGUGCGGACGAUGGAAGCAUUCCACUUUGUCAGCUAUGUCCCCAUUAAAGGACGUCUCUUUGAACUAGAUGGGCUGAAAGUGUACCCCAUCGACCAUGGGCCCUGGGGGGAAGAUGAAGAGUGGACAGAUAAAGCCCGCCGAGUCAUCAUGGAACGGAUUGGCCUGGCCACAGCAGGGGAGCCAUAUCAUGACAUCCGAUUUAACCUGAUGGCGGUAGUGCCCGACCGCAGGAUCAAGUAUGAAUCUAAGCUGCAUGUCCUGAAGAUGAACCGACAGACGGUGUUGGAGGCUUUGCAGCAGCUGAUCCGAGUGACUCAGCCAGAACUGAUUCAAACCCAGAAGUCCCAAGAGUCUCAGCCCCCUGAGGACUCCAAGCCGGCCUCCUGCAAGCCCUCUCUGGUGCUUGAAACAAGCAAGACCCCACUGGCCUCUGAGGGUUCCCAAACAGAGGGAACUGAAGAGGUGGCGGGACCUUGCCAGCCAGCCCCAACACAUAGCCCACCCAGCAAACCCAAACUCAUAGUGAAGCCUCCAGUCAACAGUCUCAAUGGAGUCCCAGCAAAUCCCAGUCCCAUUGUUCAGCGGCUCCCAGCUUUCCUGGAUAACCACAACUAUGCCAAGUCUCCCAUGCAAGAAGAAGAGGACCUGGCAGCAGGUGUGGGCCGCAGCCGGGUCCCAGUUCGUCCACCACAACAGUACUCAGAUGAUGAGGAUGAUUAUGAUGAGGAGGAGGAGGAGGAUGUUCGGAACACAAAUUCUGCCAUCAGGUACAAGCGGAAAGGGCAGGUCAAGCAGGAGCCCUUGCCUCCCUCCUCUGAUGGGCAGCUCUGUGUCCUGCAGCCCAACACCAUCAACGUGCUGGCUGAGAAGCUCAAAGAGUCCCAGAAAGACCUCUCAAUUCCUCUGUCCAUCAAAACCAGUGGGGGGGCCGGGAGCCCAGCUGUAGCUGUGCCCUCUCACUCUCAGCCUUCACCCACCCCCAGCAAUGAGAGCACUGACACGGCGUCUGAAAUCGGGAGUGCCUUCAACUCCCCGCUCCGCUCCCCCAUCCGUUCUGCCAACCCCACCCGCCCCUCCAGCCCCGUCACCUCCCACAUCUCCAAGGUGCUUUUUGGGGAGGACGAUGGGUUGUUGCGAGUGGACUGUAUGCGCUACAACCGUGCUGUGCGCGACUUGGGGCCCGUCAUCAGCACGGGCCUUCUGCAUCUCUCGGAGGAUGGGGUGCUGUGCCCUCUCACCAUCACAGAAGGUGGGAAAGGCUCCUCGCCGCCUGCCAGACAGAGCCAGACCGCCCAGAUCAGCGUCACCCUGGAGGAGAAGGAGGCCCCUGAACCGAGUGACAGAGAGAAAGCCGGGCUGAGCCGGCUCCCAGAGCAGCUGUGUGGAGAGAAGUAUUCUCCCAAAGAGCUGCUGGCAUUGUUGAAGUGUGUGGAAGCAGAGAUUGCAAACUAUGAAGCCUGUCUAAAGGAAGAGGUGGAGAAGAGGAAAAAAUUUAAGGUUGAUGACCAGAGAAGAACCCACAACUACGAUGAGUUCAUCUGCACAUUUAUUUCCAUGCUGGCUCAGGAAGGCAUGCUGGCCAACCUUGUGGAGCAGAACAUCUCCGUGCGGCGACGACAGGGCGUCAGCAUUGGCCGGCUCCACAAACAGAGGAAGCCUGACAGACGGAAACGCUCCCGUCCUUACAAAGCCAAGCGGCAGUGAGGGACCUCCUGGCCCAGGGCUGGGCCUUCCAUGUGUUCCCCUAAUCAGAGGGCGUUCUGAGGGCACACAGCUGAGAGCGGCCCCCACCUACUCUCCUCCCCUUGGACCCAGUAUUACUGUACAGUUAAAAUGGGAACGUUGUUCUCAAGUGGACAGGCGAAGGUUCCUGUGUGUUGGUUGUACUACAGACCUCCCGCUGACCCUUUAGAAAUAAGGGAGAUUUCUUGGUCACAUGGCUCUCUAAGCCCUUUCCUGUUGAGGAUACUUAAGUCAGUACUUAAAUUCUCAGCUUUGGAGGGUUGGGGCUGGGAGUGGGGAUUGGGCAGGUAAGCCAGAGAUUGUCGCAAAGUCAGUGCAGGGACCACUCAGGAAGCAGCAGCUGGAGUUGGUGUAGUGGGAACUCUUAUCCUCUUUUCCCCCCUUUGUCAUCUGAGCCUGCCCACAGCUGGCUGUGGAUCAUCCACCCCAAAGGGUACAUGGACCCCAUUGACAACCGGGGCCCUGGCUCCCUGCCUCAGUGACAGCAGAAUAUAUAUUUUAUAUAUGAGAAA